AUGAACUCGUUUGAUACCGACCAUCUUAUAGCGCUGCUGCCUGAAUACUAUAAGUGGUUGUUUCCCUUUAAGCAUUUUUUCCAGUGGCUCAGAUAUGGACAAGACGACUAUUUUCGACGACGGGAGUUUGCGCUCGUACGCGAAGGGGACAUUUACAUUCGAUAUCAAAGUUUUGACAAUCAGGCGGAAAUGCAAAGUUCCAUAACGUCUGUCAACCCAAGCAAAAUUGACAUUGGCGCUGUUUUCAACGGAAAAGUAACCUCCUUCCAAGCAGACGAAAGAGAGCUUGUUUUCGAUAUUGAUUUGACCGAUUACGAUGACAUUCUUUAUUAUGUACUAUGUAUAAUUGCAUUACACAUGCUUUCAGAAGACUUUGGCUUUCAAGAGCGACUCUGGGUAUUUUCUGGCCGUCGAGGCGUUCACUGCUGGGUGACGGAUCGAAACGCACGACGACUGAACGAAGCUGGCCGCUCGGCAAUAGCCGACUACCUGACCGUUGUUUCGGUUUGUCUUGUCACGAAAAAAGUUGCUUCUCUGAAUCGCUUUCUUCAUCCGUCUGUCAAAAGGGCCAUCGACAUUAUUCGACCUCACUUCUGUGACCUUCUUAAAGAACAGGGUUGGCUGGACUCUGCUGAUCAGUGGGCAAAGGUGCUUGACUUGAUUUCAGACGAAGAUACGUGUACACUUUUUUUGCUGCCAUUUACUGAUUGUAUGAUUUGCUUUUAA